UGUGAUGGCAGCAUUUACCAGAAGUGGCUUAGCCAAGAAUAUGAGAUCCUACAGUGUAUGAGAAUGUGAGUACGAAGAUCCAAAUCUAAUAUCUCACACACACUUUUCGUCAAACACUUAACAUACACACUUCAAAACCCCAACUUCCGAUCUCAAAACAUGGCUCUAUCUUCAAAACGGAGCAGCACCAACUUCAUUACCGCCAUAAUCAACCCUCGCCAAUGGCGCCUUCUCGACCUCAUAACCUUGUUCUUCUUCUUCCUUGUCGCUAUAUUCUUCCUCAUGGCUUUCACACAUUUCGGCGACUCCCUCGCCGCAUCGGGCCGCAACACCCUCCUCCGCUCCUCCGACCCGCGCCACCGCCUCCGCCUCGUCUCGGCAAUUGAGAACGGGGAGCCACGUGGCGGAGGCGGCUUCCUUGACGCGUGCUCGGCGGAGGAGGUAGACCACAUGCCCUGCGAGGAUCCGAGAGUGAACAGGUUGCUGAGUAGGGAGAUGAACUUCUACAGAGAGCGACACUGCCCUCGCCAUAUUGAUACUCCUCUCUGCUUGAUUCCGCCGCCCAAGGGGUACCGGAUCCCGGUUCACUGGCCGGAGAGCUUGCAUAAGAUAUGGCACGAUAACAUGCCACACAACAAAAUUGCUGACAGGAAAGGUCACCAGGGAUGGAUGAAGCGUGAAGGUCAACACUUUAUAUUCCCUGGUGGUGGUACAAUGUUUCCAGAUGGAGCAGAGCAGUAUAUUGAAAAGCUUGCUCAAUACAUUCCUAUACGUGACGGUGUUAUGAGGACUGCUCUUGACAUGGGGUGCGGGGUUGCUAGUUUUGGAGGAUAUUUACUAGCUCAAAAUAUGUUAGCCAUGUCUUUUGCUCCAAGAGAUUCACAUAAAUCACAGAUACAAUUUGCUCUGGAAAGAGGAAUACCAGCCUUCGUUGCCAUGCUUGGCACUCGUCGACUGCCAUUCCCUGCAUUUGGAUUUGACUUAGUUCAUUGUUCUCGCUGUUUGAUCCCUUUUACAGCCUACAAUGCAACCUAUUUUAUUGAAGUGGAUAGAUUACUUCGUCCUGGUGGAUAUUUGGUCAUUUCUGGCCCCCCUGUUCAGUGGGCUAAACAAGAUAAAGAAUGGUCUGAUCUCCAGGCUGUAGCAAGAGCAUUGUGCUAUGAACUGAUAGUUGUAGAUGGUAACACUGCGAUCUGGAAGAAGCCUGCAGGAAAAAUGUGUCACCCCCACCAAAAUGAUUUUGGUCUUGCAUUAUGUGAUGAUUCAGAUGAUGCAAGUCAAGCUUGGUACUUCAAAUUGAAGAGGUGUGUCACAAGGACAUCUUCUGUCAAAGGAGAAUAUGCUAUUGGACAGAUUCCCAAGUGGCCAGAGAGGCUUAACACUGUACCUCCAAGGUCCACAGUAAUGAAAAAUGAGGCUCAUUUGUACGAGGCUGACAAUAAAAGGUGGAUAAGGAGAGUUAUGCACUAUAAAAAAUCUCUACACAUAAAGUUGGGGACUCCAGCUGUGCGCAAUGUUAUGGACAUGAAUGAUAAGCCGUCAACUCUUGAUGUGAUCUAUGACAGAGGCCUUAUUGGACUAUAUCAUGAUUGGUGUGAACCUUUUUCAACGUAUCCUCGUACUUAUGAUCUUCUCCAUGCUACCAACAUUGGCUCGCUUAUAAAAGAUCCAACUUCUGGCGAAAGCAGAUGUAGUCUUGUUGAUUUGAUGGUCGAAAUGGACCGAAUUUUGCGGCCGGAGGGAACUGUUGUGGUGAGGGAUACCCCUGAAGUAAUAGAGAAAGUUGCUCGUGUUUCCGAGGCAGUGAGGUGGAAGGCUACCAUAUACGAUAAAGAGCCCGAAUCACACGCCCAAGAAAAGAUUCUAGUUGCAACAAAGACCUUCUGGAAACAAUAAUUGUCAUUACCACUAACACAGCUAUGUAAUUUAGGUAAAGUUCCCUUCUCUCUGUUCUGUUCUGUUGGCAUUGAGUGGCGGGGAUAUCCAAUAUAUCUUCUCUGUGCAUCAAAAGGGGGCAGUUUUUCCUUCCAACCUGUUCAAUAUUCAUACAAAGAAGAUAGUAAUGAUAGGAUUUGAGUGUUGAUUAAAGAUAUGAACACCGUUGUGCAGUUUUAUGUGAAGAGCACACGCCAAUGUUAUUUGUGUUUCCUCUUGGCUUCAGGGAUGAAAUGUAAUUCGAAGCUGUUAAUCAUUGCUUAUUAUUAAAGAAGAAUCACAACCAAAAUUGAUUUCGUUUUGCUUCA